AUGACGGACAAAGAAACGCAAAAGCCGAUUGCGACGCAGCUCGUUGCGCCGAAUGAGGAGGCUCAACAUGCUGCCAACGACGAGAAGUCGAUGACCCUGUUUCAGGCUAUUAAGCUGUAUCCGAAAGCUGUUGGCUGGUCGGUAGUGCUUUCAAGCGCGCUAAUCAUGGAGGGUUAUGACCUUGCGCUUUUGGGAAGUUUGUAUGGAAGUCCGCAGUUCAACCGCAAGUACGGUGUCUUGAAACCUUCCACGGGGAAGUACGCCGUUCCUGCGAGCUGGCAAAGUGCUCUAUCGAACGGCGCAAGAGCUGGCGAAGUAAUUGGCUUGAUCCUCAACGGCUUUGUCAGUGAACGGUACGGUUAUCGGAAAACGAUGAUUGGCGCCUUAAUGUCAAUGACGGCCUUUAUCUUCAUUCUAUUCUUCGCGCCCAACGUUCAAACUCUAGUUAUUGGCGAGGUUUUCUGCGGUAUCCCCUGGGGCAUGUUCCAAACUCUUACUACACAGUAUGCAUCCGAAGUAGCUCCUGUAAGACUAAGGCCAAUCCUAACCACAUUCGUAAACAUGUGCUGGGUAAUGGGCCAAUUCAUUGCCGCUGGUGUUAAUCGGGCUUGUGUCCAACGCCCGGAUCAAUGGGCUUACCGCAUUCCAUUUGCUAUGCAAUGGAUUUGGCCUAUCCCAAUCAUGGUCGGCGUGUUUCUCGCGCCUGAAAGUCCUUGGUGGCAUAUUCGCAAAGGGGACAAGGCUGGUGCCAAAGCCGCGCUGCUUCGUUUGACCUCCCCAGACAAGGAUCCAAACUUCAACGCCGAUGAGACGAUCGCUAUGAUUGAACACACCAACGAACUAGAGAAGAACAUGUCAGAAGGCACAAAAUGGAGCGAUCUCUUCAAGGGCACAGACCUUCGUAGGACCGAGAUCGUCUGCUUCACGUGGGUCGCCCAAACCAUAUGCGGAACAAAUAUCAUGGGCUAUUUCGCAUACUUCAUGCAGAAGGCCGGGCUUCCCACCGUUCAAUCAUUCAAUAUGUCCAUGAUCUCGCUCGCUCUCGGGCUGAUUGGUACCAUGGGAUCUUGGUGGUUGAUGCAAAAGCUCGGUCGACGAACAAUCCAUUUCUCGGGCGGUUGCACCCUCUUUGUCAUCCUCAUCAUCGUCGGAUCAUGCUCCUUCGCCGGGACAGAAGCCUCGAACUGGGCCAUUGGAGCAGUUCUUAUCGUCUUCGUUUUCGUAUACGACUUUACAAUUGGUCCAGUCACAUACUCGAUCGUCUCAGAGAUGUCAUCAACGCGCCUUAAAUCGAAGACGAUCGUGAUGGCACGCGCGCUGUACAACAUCUCGAAUAUUGUAGUCAAUGUGUUGACGAACUACCAACUCGGUGAUGCAAAUUGGGCUUGGGGUGCGAAGACGGCGUUCUUCUGGGCGGGCACAUGUGGCUGCGUUGUUUUGUGGGUAUACUUCAGACUUCCUGAGCCCAAGGGUAGGACGUAUGGUGAGCUUGAUAUGCUAUUCGAGCGAAGGGUUAGUGCGAGGAAAUUUGCAAGCACCCAUGUUGAUCCGUAUGGCCAUGGGUCUGGCCUUGAGACGAAGAUUGAGGAGAAAGAGACUACAAAACAGGAGUGGAAGGAUCAUGCCAUGAUGCAGAAUGCUACGCGUGUUACGAAGAAGGCAGUGUCGAAGGCAUGUGAUGCUUGUCGUCGUCGGAAGAUCAGAUGUAAUGGAUCGAAGCCAUGCCCGGGAUGCUUAUCCGCAAAUCUAGCAUGCACUUUCGACUUACCAAGAGGGCAAGGAGGCAAUCGAGGGGCGAGAGCGACCAUUUUGAACGAAUUACGCGCGAAUCAACCGUUUAUUGACACGGCUAUUCAUAUACAGGACGUUUCGUGCAUACCAUCGGAUGACAGAGCUUGCGAGAAAACGACCGCCACCGAACUCGGGAAAGAAACUAUUGAUGCAUGUAUAGAUGCCUAUAUAGAUCGCAUAUAUCCGACAGUACCUCUCCUAGACGCCAGAGUUUUGAGAGCUGAAGCGGCUCAGGCAGACAUCUCGCUCAAUUCUCGUCAACUCAUGUACGCCUUCUGCGCAUAUGUUGCCAACUUUGGGAAGCUCUCCGAUGAGACUGGUCCCCUUUUCCAUCAAUCUUUCGACGAUAGUCCCGGUACCUACUUCUUGGAUGCUGCACUGUCCACCCAGGAUCUAGGGCGGGUAUUACAGCCUAGCCCUCGUUCUGUCUACGUCUCUUUCUUCUUAUACGGAGCGCAUGCUGGCCAGGGAAACUAUCGUCAAGCCUGGUUCUAUCUAAGAGAAGCUACUACGCUUUUCAUGAUGCUGAGAGGUGAAAGUCAGGGCUGGUACGAUAACAUAGCGCAAAGACGUCUGUUCUGGAUUUUAGUAAUCUCAGAGCGAGCACACGCAUUACGCCGGAACCGGCCAAUUACACUCCAAGCAACUCCCUCGAGUCUUUCUCUCGACGCGAUGGAUGAGCUAGGUCUUUCUUACCUUGCAUCCAUCUUUCGCCCUCUCAACGAGGUUUUCUUUUCCGUCUGGAACGGAUCAACGCAAGAAUGUUCCAAAGAUUGGCUUCUUCAACUCGAACACGAUGUUAGAUCUGCACUUCCCCCACUUCUUGACUUGUCCAAUGAAGAGGUGGCGAACAUUAAGGUUUCCCAAUUCUGGCUACAAAUCAAGCUCUGGGAGCUCUUCCCCCGUUUUGGCUUCUUGUCGACCGAGUCAGUUUACGAGUGUUUGACAUUUAGAUAUCCCGUGUUGGUAGCCAAGGAUCUCACAACAUUCGCUAUAAAGUUGCCGAUUGGUAGCUUGCAGGUCCACGGUGUUGGUAUGACUGAGAAGGUCUUUGAUAUAGCCUGUGCUCUGGCAGACGUUCUACCUUUCGUAUCUUUCCCAACAUCACAGAUGCAGCUAAACCCAACCAACUACCUUACACAGAUUAUGUCGCUCAUAGCAAAGUUGCCUGGCGGCUCUGCUAAGUUUGUGCCAUUACUUCUGGCAAAGGUAAACGAACUCCUUCCGGAGUUGGUGAAAGUGAUUUGUGAAGCCGCGCAGAUACCCUCAGUAGUCCUGAAUGAUCCUAUGAGUCCCGAUACGCGUUUUGUCUAUGAGGAGGAAGUCGGCCGAGGCUUGUACAUGGACUUGAGAAGAGGAAGAUAG